CUACGUAGCAGCGUAGCAGCACUCAUUCUUUGCGCUAGUUGUUGUGGUUUUUCAGUUUGAAUAAGUUUGAAUAACUAUUCUUGGUUCUUCUUAGCCGUCUUAUCUUGGCCGUGGCGGUUGAUUUGGCCUCUAAGUAAGGACUGAACAUUGUGAACAUUGGAAGUGGGAGGAUGUAGCAUGAGCAAAUCCAAAAGUAGUGGGAGCACCCAAACAGUUCCUAGUGCAUCAUCAAUUACGCUGCCAUCUGGAAAAACGCUAGCAGAAACAAUUAAAGCUGUAGAGAGCCAGAUUGCGGGCAUGCCCAGUAGUUCAGCAACUACGGCGGGCUCUAAUGCAGCGCCAGGGAAUGCCAGCAUUGGCACUCUUCAGAAUGCAGUUGGUCAGCCAAUGAUUAAAACGUCGCCUGCAAUGCAGACGCCGGCAACUCAAUCGAGUCUUGGUGCACAUUCAGCCACAGGCAGUGGUGGUGGGGACACAGGGCAGAUCUUGAAUAAAAGGAGACUGCAGGAAUUAGUCAGGGAGAUAGAUCCUAACGAGCAAUUAGAUGAUGACGUAGAAGAGGUGCUUCUGCAAAUAGCCGAUGAUUUUAUUGAAAACAUUGUGACACACUCUUGUCAACUUGCAAAGCAUCGACAAGCUAGUUCCAUUGAGGUUCGGGAUGUACAGCUGCACUUAGAGCGCAACUGGAAUAUGUGGAUACCUGGAUUUGGUUCAGAUGACCCACGACCUUACAAGAAGUCUACCACAACUGAAGCACACAAACAGCGAAUGGCUUUACUGAAGAAGAACCUGAAAAAAUACUAACGAUGGUAUACCAGUGUGCAGUGUUGAUCUGUUGCAGCUGCAUAUCCACUGUCUUCAGCCAAUAACAGAAGAUUAAUCUCAUCCCUGGAUUGCCUGGCGCCAUCUGUGGGGAGUGAGAUUACUGUCGUCUUAGUGACAUGGUCAUCGGCGAUGAUUUGGAGAAGGUGUAGCUUGAGGUCAGUGGUAACAUCAGAACUUGCUGUAGGAUUUCAUCUUUUUAGUGCCAUUGUCAUACCGAUCAUAAAAUUAAUGACCACGCAGUACUAUUGUGAGUGCUGUGUGUGGAAAGGUUGUAAGAACUAAUUUUGCAAUAAAAACAGCUUUUGUAAUGACUUGCUACGAUUUUAAAGGCAUACUAGGCCCAUUGAUUAAAUGCAAUGUUGACGAAUGCUAGAGUAACUGGCACCUUGUGUA